GACCCCCCCCUCCUCUUUGUUGUGUGCUCGGGGAGGCAAUCAACCUCUGCCCUCCGGGAACUUCCAAUCUAAAGGGGGUGGGGCUCGUGUGUGCCCUAAUUUCCGGUCUGUCACGUGACAAAGGAAGCCCUUUCCGCGGACCCAGGCCCACUUUCCCUCUCCACUGCGGAACCUUCAGCUUCCUGGGCAUGAGCCCUUGGGCUGCAAAGCUGAGCCUUGCGGGGUCAUGGCAACAAGUACUUAUUAAGCGCCUACUGAAUGCCCCGUGUGCUUUGGGUCUGUAUGAAGAGCUUAACGCCUGGCUAGGCCCGGAUACAAACUGUGCCGCCCCCCCCCCCCCAAGAGGGUUGGGGUCCCGGGGCGCCUCCGCCACCAGAUAAAAUGAGUCCUUGCGGUCUGAGAAGCUGCUUCGCCCCGCGAGCGAGCCUGGGGCGGGGCAGCCCAGGAACACUUAAGACCGCCCGCUGUGAGCAGGGCCCCCCCCCCCCACCUGGGCUGGGACCCCCGACGCCAGGAGGACCGAGGGAGGAAACAGCCCUGUUCGGGAGGAGCCUUGGGGACGCGCGUCGGCUCCUCGGACCCGGGUUAUGGCAAAGGUCAUGUUUAUUCCAAAACAGAGAAGAGAAUGUCCGGCGUCUGUUGCUGCUCCGUGGUCAGCUGGGGACCGAGACUAGAAAGAAAAAAAGCUGCGCCCAAAAGAGGAGCCCGGGGCGGCCCCGCUACGGAAAAGGGCUGAUGACGUGCGGUGGCCAACCCUGGAAGGGCCGCCGAGUGUCUGUUUGAGUCCCAAGGAAACCCUGGGGACGCCUGCCCCGCGUGGACGGAACGUGCAGCCGUGGCAGGGAAGGGCACUCAGACAAGCGCUUAUGAAACCCCUUCCCCGGGCCCCUCGAUGUCGGGCAAUAUGCCCAAAGGCAGAGGGCAGGUGGUGCCGGAAGGAGGAUGAGAAUACAAGCGGGUCUCUUCUUCCCACAGUGCUCCGCUAGCCGCACCUGCACCUCACCUGUGCUGCUUAGCAUUAGGAGGCUUCAGGGGGAGUGUGUGGAACAGGAGGAAGCUCUCGGGGUGACGUGCAUGAAGUAUCCCUGGCUCUGGGCUGCAACGGUACACCCACCGCAUUCUUCCAAUGGAACACCGGCAGCAAGUGGGAGCAGAAUCAAUGUUUGGGAUUGCGGCGGUGGUGGUGUUGCUUUCAUUAACUGAGGCCCCUUUAUUGAGGAAGAGAAGGGCUGAGGUCCCAAAUGUGGCGUCUUUUGACAGUGGCGUCUUUGACCUUCCUUCCUGGGAUGAUACAUUGUUCUCCUCUAUCCCAUCGAAAUGUGAACCCAGAAGCAAAGAUGAAUGUUCUCAGAGGCCUGUUGUGCUUUUACAGCACGGCUUGCUGACCUCUGCCAGCAGCUGGAUCUCAGACCUGCCCAACAACAGUUUAGCCUUCCUUCUGGCAGAUGCGGGAUGUGAUGUGUGGCUGGGGAACAGCCGAGGGAACACCUGGUCCAGGAGACACUCAUUCUUAUCAAUAGAUUCUGAUCCGUUUUGGGCUUUCAGUUUCGAUGAAAUGGCGACAUAUGACCUUCCAGCCACGAUUGACUUCAUUGGGAGGAAAACUGGACAAAAGGAAAUGUAUUAUAUAGGCCAUUCACAAGGCACUACUAUUGCUUUCAUAGCAUUUUCCACCUUGCCAAGGCUGGCUGAGAGAAUCAAAGUCUUCUUUGCGUUAGCUCCAGUUAUCACCAUUCAGUAUACCAAAAGUCCUCUGAUAAAAGUGGCACAUGCUUUAAAGACAUUGCUCAGGGUCAUUUAUGGCAAACGAGAAUUUAUGCGUAAUACCUUAUUUAACCGAUUCGUUGGCACAAAACUUUGUAGUAUGCAGUAUUUGGACUCUGUUUGCCGCAGCUUUCUGUUUAUGCUGUGUGGAUUUGAUUUCACAAAUUUAAAUAUGAGUCGCUUGGAUGUGUAUUUGUCACAAAAUCCGGCGGGUACUUCAGUUCAGAACAUGAUACACUGGGUCCAGAAUUAUGACUCGGGUGAUUUUAGAGCUUUUGACUGGGGAAAUCCAGACUUGAAUAGAAUGCACUUUAACCAGAGUACAGGGAUAAACCCCAAGAAUACAAAGGCAAAACCGGAAACAGCCCUUUGCCUUUAAAGAGCUUACAUGGCACUGGACGGGGACAGCAUGUGAGCAAAUUAGUAUCUCCCCAGUGACCCCAAGUGGUCAAGAGCAUGGAUAACUAGGAGGGUCAGGAAAGUCCCCUCCAGGAAGUGGUGUAUGAGUCAAGACUGUAAGAAAAUGAAGAAUUAGGAGAGGUGGAGAUAGACCAAGAGAGCAGGCACCCCAGGCAGAGAGGGCAGAGGUAGCAGAUUGGAUGUCAUAGAGACCAGUGAAUCUGGCCCAUCGGUUUGAAUGGAGAAUGCUGAACUGGAAGUCAUGUAAGCUUGAAGUGGGACCAAUUAAAGGAUGCAACAAACCUGCAGGAAAGAAUCUGGAAAAUAAAAGGACCUCACAAAUUCUAGAUGACAUCAGUGCACAGUUGGACUGAAGAGUUAAAAGGUUAAGACCAUACAAGGAGUCAAAGCAGCACAAAGAACAAAACAAUGAAGCAAAGGGGUAAUGGCCUCACCUCUGGACUUUGGUCAUACCAGGUGCCUGGUCAUCUCUGUCUCCCUGCCCCGCCCAUGCCCCAACUUUUUACUUCCCCCAUUAGAAUGGAAGUUUUUCGAGGAUAGGGACUGUCUUUCUACUUUUAUUUGUAUCCCCAACACUUAGCACAGUGCCUGACACAGAGAAAAGACUUGUGAAAUAUUUGUUGACAGACUUUGGUUGUUAUAAAGACAAAAUGAGAUAUUUUGUUGUUGUUCUAUAACUUGGGAGGGGGAAAAAGAGGCCUCAAGAGCAACUGAUGAUCUAUUUGGUAAUUACAGAAUGAUCCAGUAUACAUGUAUGUACAUAGAGAUCUACAGACAUACAAACAUGCACAUAUAUAUUCCCUUCAUUGAUUAUUAUUGUUUCUGUUUUUGUUUUUGUUUUGUUUUU